AUGGUCACGUGCUUUGCGGGCCAAAUCACGAAAAAUUUCCUGCUCAGCCCUGUUACUCAGUUCAAAGACGCCGUGAGUGUGUGCCUGCAAGUCGCACGCACACUCAGGAAGAUUCACCUGCGAGGUGUAGCACACAACGACAUCAAAGGAAACAAUGUGUGCGUGAAAAUUUCUGAUCAAGGCCCAAUAGCAACCAUUAUUGAUUUCGGCCUCGCCAGGACCAUCGGCACUCGCAGCGUGUACCCCCCCGCCCCUGCCUGCAGGUACCCGUGGGCGGCGCCGGAGCUCCUGCAGGAGGACGCCUCUCCGUGCUCCGAGGAGUCCAACGUUUACUCGCUGGCAUACCUCAUCGUGCACACGGUGGAGUUGCGCUGCUGCAGCCAGCGCUGCCCUGCCCUGCACACCCUCUGCCAGCUGCUGCGAAACGCCCAGGAGCCGGAGCCCAGCGUGCGCCCCACCCUCCCCGUGCUCAUCCACAAGGUACGCAGCUAA